AUUAUUAUUAUUACCAUGUUCAACAAUCUUUCUUUCCGUCUGUCCAGCCAUGAGAAAAACGACAACCAACGCUCACCUUCACCACCAACACCACCGCCUCCUUUCCGCGCCAGAAACACAAGAUUACCAUUCAGAAAAGGAAUCAAUCGUGAAAUAGCCACAAUCAGAUCAAAUAUCAGGAAAUUCGACCAAAUGCUACAUUCCUCACAGAUGCCCACUCAAAAGCACACGGCCACAACGUCGGGAACGAGGACGAGGAAAGGAAAGAAAUCCAACGAUGGGUGUGCGCUGGAUGACAGCGUCGUCAUUGUAGAUGACGACGCCGACGACGGCAAUGAUGGCUGUUGCAUUACUGAAGAAGGUGGUGGUGGUGAUGACGAUGGUGGUGGUGAUGACGAUGGUGGUGGUGGAAGUAGAACCAGCAAUAGUCUUGAUAGUCACUGUAGUAUCCCGGAAAACCGAAGGAUUGUCGUCUUGGUGAAAGUGGAGCUGGAAGUGAAGCGAUUCGAGAUGAACUAUAAUGAUACAUUCUCCCAGCUGUUUGCUCACCUGGCCCGCGAACUCCAGGUGACAGAGGAUCAUCUAAUUCUGCUGCUCAACAAUACCACAAUCCACCUGAAUGAGACUCCGGCCUCAGUUCGGCUACGGGCGUACGACAUCUUAGUCUGUCUUGUUUCUGUGGAUACAGACUGUGGCCAGAACAUGGCCGAACGAACAGGACCAAACAUUUUCCAGCUUGUUAUUCAAAGCAAUGGUCUGAAGAGAUGUAAUGUUAACAUGUCAGUUGGAAAGUUUGAAACAUUUCAAAGUGUCUUGGACAUCUACAGGAAACAGCAGAACUUGAACACGGAACUCUUAAAGCUGUACUUUGAUGGUGAGCUCCUCAAACCUACAUUGACGCCAGCCGCCUAUGGCAUAGAAGAUGGCGAUUGCCUUGACCUCGUAGUACAGACAUAGGAAAUGUCAGGGAGUACAGGGUAAGGUGGUGGAGGGGAACACUUGGUUGGCAACUUGGCCUCGGAACAAAACACACCAGGGGUAACCUGAGCCCUGUUUCCCCCCCCCCCCUCUUACCUGCCUUUUUCUUUCCUUCACCCUUAAUUACACUCAACCACCACCACCCCCUACUUCCCUUGGCUGCACACACAUACAUGCGCAUUGACUAACAGUUCGUGCAACGCCCCACCCAGCACAAACAACUUAUGUAUGCACUCAUUCCUUCCUCCACCACCACGCCCCUCCUCCCCUCCCUCUUUACUUCAUUGUAAAGUUUAUAUAUAUAUUCAAUACACUCAUCAGUAAAAAAAAUAACCAUAAAAGAAUAAAAAGAAAAAGAAAAAAUAUAAAAGGAGUGGAAGUAUUACAGGUA